AUGUACCGAAUGCUUCCUGGAGACAUAUUGGUAUUCUUUUUUCUGCAUUACAUCUUCGUGGUCCAAGUAAUGACCGUAGCCAUGACUUUGACUCGGAAAAUCUACCAGACCUCCAGUCAGAACUUUCUUCGUUGCAAGGCACAGCUUCAGAUUAGUUUUCAGGCAAACCAUGUCCCUCGAUGGUUUCUGGGCUCGGUUUUUCUCGUCGGCAAGAGGAAUUUGAGCACUGCGAAAGGUCCACAACAAGCCCAACAUCCAAACCCAGGCAACUUUGCCAAUCGACCAAAGGAGGAAAUGACAGAGAUCAGCCGGAAGGGAGGCCAGAAAGGAGGCCGAGCUAGAGGCGUGGGUGGGUUUCACGAUAUGGACCCAGAUAAACAGCGUGAAAUUGCAGCCAAAGGAGGCCGCGCAUCGAGAGGCUCCUUUACAAAAGGGAGUAAGCGUGCCCGAGAAACUGGACGGAAAGGAGGAAAGUCGCGAAAGCAUGGGUCGCUAGAAGAUGAAUAUUCAGACGUGUUCGAGUGA